CUAUCUCUGUCGAUCUAUCUCCCUCUCAAGAAAAAAGCAAAAAAAGAAAAAGAAAAAAAAUCCCAUCCUACCACCACAGAACCCCCAAAGUAGAGGAACAAGAAACGAGAUGCAGCAUCACUGCGGCGAAGAGAUCAUGAGAAGAAUACCCUCUCACCACCACUUCCCCCCUCCUCCCCUCUCUCAUUCCCUCUCCUCUCCCUUGACACACAACUCCCCCUUCUAGACCUCUCUCUACCCUCCCCUUCUGAAACGCUUUCAAGUCAGUCAGCUGAGAGAUUGAUUGAUAUAUAGAUUCAUAUAUACAAACACCUGACAAAAAGGACAUAGGAGAGUUAAAAGGGCCAAGCCGCUUCGCAGCAGCAGCAGUUCGGUUCGGUUCAGUUCAGUUCAGUUCAGCAAUGGAGGAUUCACUGAAAUCCCUCUCCUUGGACUACCUGAACCUCCUGAUCAAUGGCCAGGCCUUCAGCGACGUCACCUUCAGCGUGGAGGGCCGCCUCGUCCACGCCCACCGCUGCAUCCUCGCCGCCCGCAGCCUCUUCUUCCGCAAGUUCUUCUGCGGGCCCGAUCCCCCUUCCCCGGGUCUCCUCCUCCUCCACCAGGACCUCCACCCCCACCACCAUCAAAGCCCCCGCUCCCCUUCCGGCGCAUCCACCUCCUCCCCACGCGGCGGCGGCGCCGCCGUGAUCCCCGUGAAUUCAGUCGGCUACGAGGUGUUCCUGCUGCUGCUGCAGUUCCUCUACAGCGGCCAGGUCUCCAUCGUCCCGCAGAAGCACGAGCCGCGCCCCAAUUGCAGCGAGCGCGGCUGCUGGCACACCCAUUGCACCGCCGCCGUCGACCUUGCCCUCGACACCCUCGCCGCCGCCCGGUCCUUCGGCGUCGAGCAGCUGGCGCUGCUCACCCAGAAGCAACUGGCGAGCAUGGUGGAGAAGGCGUCGAUCGAGGACGUGAUGAAGGUGCUGAUGGCGUCGCGCAAGCAGGACAUGCAACAGCUGUGGACCACCUGCUCCCACCUCGUCGCCAAGUCGGGCCUCCCCCCCGAGGUCCUCGCCAAGCACCUGCCCAUCGACGUCGUGGCCAAGAUCGAGGAGCUCCGCCUCAAGACCUCCCUCGCCCGCCGCUCCUCCUUCAUGGCCCACCACCCGCUCGACAUCGCAGCCGCCGGCCCCUCCUCUGCUGAGCUCGAGGACCACCACCACAAGAUCCGGCGCAUGCGCCGCGCCCUCGAGUCCUCGGACGUCGAGCUCGUCAAGCUCAUGGUCAUGGGCGAGGGGCUCAACCUCGACGACGCGCUCGCCCUUCACUACGCCGUCGAGAACUGCAGCCGCGAGGUCGUCAAGGCGCUCCUGGAGCUCGGCGCCGCCGACGUCAACUGUCCCGCCGGGCCGGCGGGGAAGACUCCCCUUCACAUCGCCGCCGAGAUGGUAUGCCCCGACAUGGUCGCCGUCCUCCUCGACCACCACGCGGACCCCAACAUCCGGACGGUUGAUGGGGUCACUCCGCUCGACAUCCUCCGAACCCUCACCUCGGACUUCCUCUUCAAGGGCGCCGUCCCGGGGCUCUCGCAUAUCGAGCCCAACAAGCUCCGGCUCUGCCUUGAGCUCGUCCAGUCCGCGGCGAUGGUCAUGUCGAGGGAGGAGGCAGCAAAUAGCGGCGGCGGCGGAGGUCGAAAUCCCAACACGACUAUCUACCAUCCGAUGAAUCCCGAGCCCAGCAAUUGUAAUGCAAACAGCCUCAGCAGCAGCAGCAGCAGCAUGGUGAACCUUAGUCUCGAUUCGAGAAUGGUUUACCUCGAUCUUGGCAUGGCGGCGCAGUUGGGGUGCAAGAUCAGUGAUGGGGGUGAGGAUGACAGCGGCAGCAGUAGGUCUCAAGGGGGUGGUGGUGGCAUCGGCCCAUCAUCCUCCAUGUAUUCUUCUCAUGGCUUCCCGUAACUCUACCUUGAUAUUUCGAAGAGCCACUUCUCUUAGUGCAUUCAAAGCCAGACACAAGAUCAGACCCAUCAUCCUGAGACUCCUGGUUACAUUCUCACUUCCAACUAUAAAAUCACGCGAAAUUCAAAUUUCAUGUUUUUUCCAAGAGCAACAAAUACUUGCUAGCUCUUCAGGUGCCGUCUGGAUGAAACCUAAUAUCAGGUAGAAGUAUUGUCUAGGCCAAUACAAAAGCAGGAAGUAUUUGUUUUUAAGUGCAGUCUGGAUGAAACCGAGAAUAUUGGAGUAGAAGUGUUGUCUAGCCAAUCCAAAAGCUCACAACUGAUUGUUCAAGCAUGGCUACAUAUGAUUGAUGAUUUUUCCAUUUCCUCUCAGCCAUAGCUCAUUUAUUGGUGGCUAUGAAUACUGAUCACAUGCGCAGAAAAGGAGUAUUUUUAAGGGAGGUGCAUAACAAGUUUAAUUGGACUUGUUUUUGCUAAAUAUAAUUGUUUUAGUGCAAAAUAAGUUCGCAUCAG